AUGGCUAAACAAGUUCAAGAAAAAAUCCUUAUAGAAAUUCUUUCUGAUCCAGCAGCCGGUACACCGGAAGAUAAACUUCGUCUAUUUCUAAUUCAUUAUAUCUGUACACCAAUGAUGACACAAACUGAACUCGAUCAAUAUCUAACAAUCCUUCGAGAAGUAAAUUGUGCAUGUCUAGAUGCUAUUACAUAUAUUAAACGUUGGAAAUCAAUUAAUAACAUGAAUGUUGAUACACAAGAAAGAGAAGGUGGAACAACAACAAUGGGAAUGUUUUCAAAUUUAGUCAAUAAAGCUUCAAAAUUUGCUAUGGAUGGCGUUAAAAAUCUUGUUGUCAAACAAUAUAAAUUACCGGUAACAAAAAUAGUUGAUAGCCUUAUGGAAAAUCGUUCUUCACCUGAAACAGAUGGUUAUCGUUAUUUCGAUCCAACACUUCGAUCAGCCGACACUGUGUGUAGUGCUCGUUAUCGUCAAGGUUUUAAUGAUGCUAUUGUGUUUAUGAUUGGUGGUGGAAAUUAUAUUGAAUAUCAAAAUUUACAAGAAUAUCUACAAGAUUAUGCUAAGACUCGAUCAUCAACAACAACAAAACGAAUUAUUUAUGGAUGCACGGAAAUCGUAAAUGCUUCUCAAUUUGUUGAACAACUUACAAAAUUGGGUCAAUGA